UUCCAAUUUCACUUCCCCCAACUUACUCUGUUUUUCUUUCUGCUUCUGCAACAACCAAUCAUGGAUUUCGACACUCAUACUAACCACAUGUUGGAAAACAACGAAGACACGACCAAAUUUGGUGCCAGUUCACUAAGCGGAAAACUCAUGUUCACAGCUAUAGUCGUAAUGUUCGCUGUCAUUGUUUUUAUACUCUUCCUCCAUCUCUACGCUCGUUGUUACUUACUCCGAUCAAGACGGCGGCGAAACCACCGCAACGGCGGCACCCAACUGUUUUUCUACGUCGAUCCCACCACAUCAAACACCACAACAGUACGUGGACUAGAAUCCAGCGUCCUAAAUUCCCUCCCUGUUUUCGUUUACUCGCCGGAAAAACACACCCACUUGCCGGAAUGUGCAGUAUGCUUAUCGGAAUUUGAGGAAAAUGAAAAGGGACGGAUUCUACCGAAAUGCAAUCAUGGGUUUCAUAUAGAUUGUAUUGAUAUGUGGUUUCAUUCGCAUUCUACUUGUCCUAUAUGUCGAGCUUUGGUUGAACCGGUUGAGGAUAAACAGAUUCAUGAAACGGAAAACACUGAAGCCGCCGCUGGUCCAAGCGAGAGAAGAAAAGAACUUGCAAUUGAUAUUCCUAAGAGGGGAUUGACGGAGAAUGAAAUCGGACAGAGUUCGUCGGCGGCAGUGGUCAGUCAGGGGUUUAUGUCACCGGUUACUCGGUUUCUGUCUUUUACAAGUAUGCUUAGUAUGAACAGAAGAAGCGCCGGGAAUACGCCUUCCGGCGUAGGGACGAGUUCCGGCGAGUCCUUAGUAUUGGAUAUUGAGAAAGGCUUGGAAGAUUCGAAUCAGAAUCAGAAUAAAAGUCGUGCCCAGACACCCAGGUGAUGCCGGCAACCGACCGACCGACCGACCGACGUUUAUUAAAAAAGAGCAGCCACUUCUGACUAUGACUGAAGAAGAUGACAGGCGGCGGCUAUUUCCUUUGGGUUUGAAAAUUAAAACGUGGCAUUAUGUGUAAAGGGCUCUAUAUAUGGUCACUAGUAAGACUUUUUAUUAUUGGAUAGUUAAAUAUAGAUUAAUGCUAGUGUAAAAGCAUUUAAUUUAUUUAAAAUUAUGAUUAUAU